CAUGGCCCACGGAGGAGGCAUCAGCUCGUUGGCCGGGCUGGAGGAGAAGCCAGCGGCCUGUGUGGCCAGCAGCACGGCCUUGGCCAUUAGGAACUCGACCAUAAUCGCCCACCGGCUGUCCAUUUACCUGCCCCAGCUGCUGCUGCCCUCGCGGGAUCCCCAGAAGCUCAUUACCGAAAUCAACUGCUACGUGGCCCAGUUUCGGGAGCUGCUCAUCUUUAUUGGCCAGGCCCGCGAUUCCCCAGAGCUGCGCGAGAAGAUCAGGAAGCUGAGGCGCAGCUGUGUGGAUGCCUGCAAGCACACCGCCCACCUAAUCACUCCCCAGCCGCGUCACUGCCUGGGCAGCCCCAGUGAGAGGAUGCACUUGACCCUGCUCUACCACCUCACGCUGCAGUUUCAGCACGAGUUGAUCAAGAGCCAUCGCUUGAUCCAACUGGUGCCGCUGGACAUGACGGAGUACUAUGCUCCUUCCCGCACUGCUCCAUCCAAUCUGGGCAAUGUCAUCAGCCAAUUCUUGCUGUGCAAGCAGAUAAAUCCCGAUUUCCAGCAGGAGGAGCUGUGCAGCAUUGUCAAGGACUCGCAGGAGCUCAGCGAGCUCUUGGAGGAGCUGCAGGCCCACAUGCCCUUGACCGAGGCAUCUCCAGAAUCCGAACUGGAUCCAGCACAGAAAUCUGAAAGCAGCCUUGUUUCCCUCAACACUCCGGAUUGGUAUGCCCGGCAGCGCAGGAGGAGUUGCAAAAGCCGGAGUCGUAGUCUUUGUUGCUGCCUGGCCAGGAAGUCAGCCAAACCCUUUUAGGGGGAGGUAUCUAGCAGCUAGAUACAUAAAUAGUUCGCGGUCUUUCAAUGUUAUAUAGUCAUAGUUUCCUAUAAGUUUCGUGUUAAAUGUCAUGUAAGGGAAAUGAAAACCUGUCCAAGAUAGAAGCCAACUAUCAACUAGGAACUAGUGAUUUUACGCCCAUUAAUAAGUCAAUAAAUCUGUAAAUGUAGCACUGUUCAA